CGCGGAGCGGCGCAGAGUGGUUCCCAAGGGAGGCGUGGAAGGGCGCAAAUAUCACUCGUUCCCGUUUCGGGGUGGUUUGGUGCUUUUGCGAGCCAGGAGUUGCUGUGCUCCCUUGAAAAAAAAAUGUAGCCAGGCGUUUCAAGUUUUCUGUUCUGGCCAGCGAAUAGCCCAUUAUGUUCCAUAGCAUUUCCUUGGAGCUGGACAUACAAUCUUAUUCGUUGGGUUCGGUAUAAUUUGGGAAGUUGUAUUCUUAUUUUCUGGCAUAAUGUUGUAGUUCUUUUGGUGAUUCAGAGAAAUAGGCAGACCAUUAAUGUGUACAAAAAUCGGGCUUUUUUUUUGACUUCUGAAGUAAUUUCAAUCUGUUGAAUUCUUCCAGAUUUUUACACUAGUUUUUGCUGUUGCACAUUAGGAACAAGAACAUGACAAUCAGCAGCUUUUUAUCCUUAGCUUGUGUAGUGAAUGCAACACUUGAGUGGUUUCAGAUUUUGUCUCGCAUGUUAUCUCAGUCGGUAUUGAUGUGAGGGUAUUAUUUCUUAGGUUGUAACAACACAGCUCAGUGCUUUCCUAAAGCCUUGCUGGUCGUGCAGUAACGGCUACUCAUAUUAACUAUUUACAUCUGUGUGGAUGCUUAAAACCCUUCACUGACUUACUCUGUGCAGUCUUGAUAUUUCUCCAGUCUUAUGAGGGCAGAAAGGUUGUACUUACAAAUUUACACAAUGUGCUUCCUCCCUGUAUGUUUUCAUCAUGGGGUUCAGGGGGGUUUUGUUUCGGAGAUUUUUUUUUUUGUGGGUUUUUUGGUUGUUUUUUUUCUUUUUUAACAUAGAGAAAGGUCAUCCAAGACUGUAAAUUGUUUACAGCUAUAAAGGUUAAUUGCCCUGUUGCAAGGAUUAAACUGACUGGACUGUACAAGGACCAGCCAGUCAGAGAUAACUUAAUAGGUAUUAAUAUUGUGGGAUAUAAGCUCUUAUCCAUGAAUAAACCUUAAAAUAAGUAUCUCAUCUAAUUGAAGGAACAUUUCCAGAGAAAACAAUUGCCUUUAGAGGAUGAUGGUUGCCUGCCUAACUUUUGUGCUCUUGAAAAUUUCCAUUCAAAUAUAUGGAGAAAUAGAAAUAUCCAGCCUAUUAACUUUCCUAAAUUAUGAUUUAUUUAAGCAACAGCUUUAAGUGAAAAAAUUAUGUUAAGUAUAAGAUGUUAAGCAUGUUAAAUUAGCACAGGUUUUCUGGUGCCUCUAACUCAGCUAAAUGCUAACUGCAAUCAUUUGACUCUUACAGUAAAUAUUUGAAUCUACCUUGGAUCCUGCCACAAAACUGCAGUUUCUAUUGCCUUGAGCAGCCUAGCCUCCAGCCUCAAGCAUUCCAGUGAAACUACAGGAGACCUGGGCAAGGCCACACAGAGCUCCCACAGGUGUAGCUGAGCGCAGUCAGGAAUGUGCCAUGUCCAGACCAGCAUUACAGAACGGGGACCUCGUUUGCUUGACUGGUAGAUGCAGGAGGUGAAAGUGAUCCAACGUUUGGAGCUGACAGCUAGAAAACCUCCAGCAGACAUUUUUGGUGCCCUAGGUGUCCAGCCAGGGUUUGAAGAGAUCAUGUUGUGACUUCUUCCAGUGCUCCUUCCUCAUGGAAACGAGGACACGUGGUAGGGAAGAGUUUGUCUGUCACCUGAGUUAGAGGGCAGCCGUAGCACAGAAGGAACAGAGCUGGACUGUAAAAUGGAUUUAGAAUUCAAAGACCGUACCAACAGCACACAUACCAAGAACACCUCUGCUGCAACAAAGAAUUUUUCUGCCUGGGAAGACUAUAAGAGUAGUGUUGAUGACAUGCAGUACUUUCUCAUUGGGCUGUACACACUUAUAAGUCUGGCUGGCUUUGUGGGAAAUCUACUUAUACUAAUGGCCCUACUAAAGUGCAAGCAGAAGACAGUAAUAAACAUUCUCAUUGGAAACUUGGCCUUUUCUGACAUCUUGGUUGUGCUGUUUUGUUCACCUUUCACGCUGACAUCCGUCCUGCUUGACCAAUGGAUGUUUGGCACUGUCAUGUGCCAUGUAAUGCCCUUCCUCCAGUGUGCCUCAGUCCUAGUUUCAACUUUGAUGUUAAUAUCUAUUGCUGCAGUCAGGUACCGUAUGAUAAAGUAUCCCCUCUCCAGCAAUCUCACAGCAAAGCAAGGCUAUUUCUUAAUAGUGAUCGUUUGGGCCUUUGGCUUCACAAUUUGCUCCCCUCUGCCAGUUUUCCAUAAAACCGUGGACCUCAGCAAAACUCUGAAUUUGGAGGGACUGGAGAACAGGCUGCUGUGCAUCGAGUCCUGGCCCUCUGAUUCCUACAGGAUCGCCUUCACGAUAGUCUUGCUGUUCAUGCAGUACAUCCUGCCGCUGGCGUGCCUCACCGCCAGCCACACCAGCGUCUGCAGGAGCAUAGGUGCUAGGCUGUCAAACAAGGAAAACAAGUUUGAAGAAAAGGAGAUGAUAAACCUAACUCUUCAUCCCUCUAAGAGUGCUGGCACACAGGUUCAACCCUCCAGAUAUUCCAGGUGGAGCUGUGCCUUUGGCAGAAGGCACCACAGAAGAUACAGUAGAAAGACUUCAAGUGUGAUGCCAGCUAUUUCAAGGCAUCAUCAGGAUACUCAUUCCAGAGAUCACCCAGAAACCUCUGACACAGAAAAAAGCCAGCUCUUUUCCUCCAGUAAAUUCAUCCCUGGGAUCCCUAUCUGUUUUGAAAUGAAACCAGAAGAAAACACAGAGAUCCAGAACAUGAUUACAGUAUCCCAGUCCAUCAUAAGAAUUAAGACAAGAUCGAGGAGGGUUUUUUGCAGACUGACAGUGCUAAUACUAGUUUUUGGCUUCAGUUGGAUGCCUCUUCACCUUUUCCACAUUGUCACAGAUUUUAAUGCCACUCUCAUUUCCAACAGGCACUUUAAAUUAGUAUAUUGCAUAUGCCAUUUGUUGGGUAUGAUGUCCUGCUGCUUGAAUCCCAUCCUCUAUGGGUUUCUUAACAACAGCAUAAAAGCUGAUUUAAUGUCCCUUAUUCCGUGCUGCCAAAUACCAUGAUUUUAUGUGCCCCAAGAUAAAGUAAAACAAACAAGUAUGGCUUUCAAGCCUAGUGGUGUGUAUAGCUGUAAAAGCUCAAUUAGUUUAGUUUAGUUAGUGUGAGUUGGUUGUGAUUGGUAGCAUUUUUUUGUGGAUGGAUAGUUCUAUGGCUGCAUGUAUUUCUUGCAUUGGGCAGAAAUAUAUGCAUAUGUUAUAAUAUUCUUUUAUCUGUUACAUGUAGGAAAUCAUGCUCAGUGUACAAAACCACAACACCAUUUUCAUUACCCAAAUUGUCGGCAACCUGUACUUUGGAAUUAUACGGAAUAUAUAAUGAGUAAUAAAUGUGAGACAGACUGCUUAGACAUGUCAGUAUUAACUGUCAUAAAACUACAAUAAAAUACAUAUAAUUUACUAAAUAAUUAUUGUUGAGAUUAUUUCAGUGCCAGCUUUGACUGUUUUCUAAUAUAAUUAAAUCUCUCUGGAUGUUAUUAGGAAAAUAUUUUUCCUUAGUUCUUUGACUCAUAGUUUGCAAUAUCUUUGCAAGAUACUUUGCUGCUUAUUCCUUGGUUGCCUUAUUCCCUGAAAUGGGUUUGAGGGUCAUUGUUCUUGCCUUGAUUGUUUCCAUCCCACUGUACUUAU